CCACUUGGUGGUUCUUUUCUGAAAGGUAUUCCUUGCUUUCUCUUUAUCGGGUUGAGAAAGGAGAAAAGGCAAAAAUAUAGAGAUAAUAAAGUGAGUACUUUUUACUAUUCUCUUUGAAAGGGUGGGAAAUCUACUGAUUUUCCUUCGAUUUAAACAAUCAAAAUAUUACAGAAACACAUCUAUAUAUCUAUAUAUAUAAAGACAACGAGAUUUUUAGAUUUUCUUUGCUGUGUUUCCUCCAUUUCUUCGAAGAUGCGUCGCUCCUCUUCAAGGAAGACGGGGGCCGCCAACCCUGCUUCUUCCAUUAAUCCCUCCGCCAUUGAUCCCUAUCGUUCUGCCUCAAGUAAAUCUGCAGCAAAGGAGCUAGAGCGGAUUGAUCAGUUGUUUAAUGUAUAUGCAAACAAAUCCUCUGGCUUAAUUGACCCAGAAGGCAUAGAGUCGCUGUGUUCAGAUGUGGGAGUGGAUUAUACCGAUGUCAGGAUACUUAUGCUUGCCUGGAAGAUGCAAGCUGCAAAACAAGGAUACUUUACUCUGGAAGAAUGGCGAAAAGGCCUUAAAGCAUUGCGAGUUGACUCUAUUGAAAAAUUAAAGAAGGCCCUCUCUGCAUUGGAGCAAGAGGUUGCAAAGCCCCAGACAUUCUUGGAUUUCUAUUCGUAUGCGUUUCGCUAUUGCCUGACAGAAGAGAAGCAGAAGAGCAUAGACAUUGAAAGUAUUUGUGAGCUGCUGGAACUUGUUCUAGGUUCACGUUAUUGCAACCAGGUGGAUUCAUUUAUCAAGUAUCUAAAGAUUCAAAAAGACUACAAGGUGAUCAAUAUGGACCAAUGGAUGGGCUUUCUUCGAUUUUUUGAUGAGAUCAGUUUCCCAGAUUUUAAAAAUUAUGACCCAGACCUUGCUUGGCCUUUGAUAUUGGACAAUUAUGUGGAAUGGAUGCGGACAAAUCAAAGCUAGAAAAGUGACCUAUCUCUGGUGACUUGAUGUUUCGUUCUUUUAAAAUGAAAUACUUAUUAAAGAAGGUAAUGAGAUUAUUUUAUUUUUUUUCCAAAUGCAUCUUUCAUUAUCUCAUUUUUCCUCUUGUCCAAGCACAUUCAAGUGUCACUUAGUCAGCAGUGAGAAUAUGGAACUUUCUAUUGUUAACUCUUUGUAUCCUGUUAAAGGAGUUUUGAAUUAAAUUUAUAUAGUUUGUCCUCAAGGUUACAUUACAGGAAGGGGUUCAAGAGAAAGCUUUUUCUGGCAGAAAUAAAUUCAUAAGGCUCGAUGGUUCCAUAUUCUAAUCAGUAAAUCUUCAUGAAGAUUUAUUGUGGAUUUCAUCAACCGCAUUAUCAAUGUAAUUUGUUCACAUAAUAGUGGUGAAGUAAACAUACAUUGUGUCUUGUAUUAAGUUCACCAUGAAGCAGAAAAAUAUAGUUUGUGAUGAAUAUCAAAUAUUUUUUUCGCCCAAUUUUCACAAUAGACCUCAAAGACCAGGUGACGUUUUGCAAGACUUUACUGAAUUGGAUAAGAUCUGGAUUACAUUGGAAAAAGCUGUUGUUGCAGCUCAUUGUAGUAUUAUGUACCCCUCUUUGCGUGAUUGA